AUGGCAGGCCUCACCAGUGCAAGCCUCUUGCUGUGGGUGCUUCUGCUCUCGCCUUGGAAAGCUCCUGCACUGCUGGCUGGCUCCCUGAUUACGAACACAGCCCGUCCUUCGCGUGGUGGUGUUGCUGGUGGGAGCCUCGCCUUUGCCUCUAGGUCCAUGCAUGCGAAGCUCAGGGCCUCUUGGGUUCCUCCGAAGGCACAUUCGGCUGCUGAAAGUCUCCGCAAUCUUGCGUGUUGGCCUCCCCUUGCGUCGCUAAGGCAAUCCCUAUGCCGGGUGAACUUUCAGCUCUUUGCGGCUGAUGGUAGAAUUCCCUCGCAUCCCUAUGAGCGCCUGCGGCGCCUUGUCGACCUCAAAAAGCAGGAGGUGCAGCAGCUGCAAGUGCAGCACCAGGCGAUGACGGACCCCCUACAGCUGCGUCAGCACUACGUUUCGCAUUGCCAUAAUGGGAAGCUGAUUGAGAAGCUGAGGAUUAGGAGGGAAACGGGGCAGCUUAAGCUAAGCUUGCAGAGGCAGCUCGCGGCUGCCAGUGACUCCACGCAGCAGCAAGAGACCGUCCAGCAGCAACUCAAGUUACUUAGCCAGAUACGUGCCCACUCAGAAAGCGCAACCCACCACGUUCACACUAAAGAGUGCGAACAUGAGCGGCAGCAGUCGGAUGGUAGCGAUGGACGCUCAGGGGGGCCACGCUCAGCGGAGGAGUGUUUGAAAGCUCUGCAGCAGGAAGACCCGGAUGAGACCACUCUCAGCGUCGUGUGUGACAUAAAACGAUGUAGCAACGUCUCUACAAGAGGACGUCCCUACCGGCUUGCCUUUAAUGACGCAGCAGAGGUGGUGGUGCCUCUGGCUGAGGCCGGUGCCGACGUGUUGCUCAUGGCUACGGACCGCGAGGCUUGGGGGGGCUGUCUGGAAGAUUUGCAGAAGGCCCGCAAGGCGCUGACGGGGGCGUAUACAUUCUCCCAGAGGCCAGCACUCGUCAUGAAGGACCUCGUGAUACAUCCCAUUCAGAUAGCCCAGGCAGCAGAAGCCGGGGCGGACGGGGUGUACCUCAUUCACAGCGUGGCGGGGGGAGCUCUCGAGGAACUGCUGUUUGCUGCCUGCACUGCGGGCAUCGAGGCAGUCGUGGAAGUGCACGGUGCUGAAGAAGCCCGCCAGGCGGUUGCCGCUGGGGCCACCCUCCUGAUAGCAAACCAGAUAGACCGGCUCACGGGCCUGCUCUAUCCCAUGAGUGCCGUAGACGUGCGGGACGCGGUGGUACCAGAAACAGUUGUGGCUGCCAAGGGCGGCAUCAGCUCGUUGGAAGACGCUAAGCAGCUUGCCAGGUGUGGUCUUGACUCAGUGGUACUGGGCAGGGCCCUUCUCAAGUCGGAUGCAUUUGAGCUCAUUAAGGGCUUGAAACGAAUAAGCGCAGGACCUCGAGCUUUGGUACAUCUCUUCGCGGGGGCGGAGGCAGCUGCAGCAGCAGCUGAAAAGGCUCGGGAAGAAGAAAAGGAAGCACGACGGGCGCAGCGAAAUGCGUCCAAGGAGCAAAACAGUCGCCAGGAUCUCAGCGACGCAAACGAGGCCACCGGGUCCCCGGCGAUCCCAGCACCAAUAAGAUCGCCUCCUUCCCCUCCGGUAGAAGAGGCCGAACAGGCAGCCUUCUCAGAGGAGCCCUCGGGGAUCUUGGAAGGAGGGGGACUGGCACUCGCAGCUUCCCAAGAGGUGUAUAGGAACACGCAGGGUUUCGGAGGGACUCCGGCGGCACCGAGAGAUGAACCUGUGCCCCGUUUUUCAGUUGAGUGGGAGGCACCAAAAAGGGUUGGCACAGAGGAGGAGCUUAAGGCCAUUGAUGAGUCUCUUAAAACCCGCGUCUUAAGGGUGGGAGGUCCCUCUGGCGGGACUGAAGGACCAGAGGAUGCCCCCCGAGGUCUCCGGGUGUUCCAUUCGUUUGAUUUUUGCAACGCGAAAGGCCCUGUGCAGCCCAUUGAACCUCAUGGAAAGGCACCCGUCGCUAGCAGCGACAGUAAUGGUGGGUGCUCUGGUAAUGAAGGUGGUACGAGGGAAGACUCGAGUGCGGCAGCGCUGCGUGCAGCGUGUGAAGAUCUCCUUAUAGGGGCCUCCGAGGAUGCUGUAAUUGGUGGCACAGGCAGCACAGAUGAGCUUGUGCCCUUCAGUCCUCAAAUGUCUUUUGAAGACCCUGUUCAGGGGUCCACGCCUCCAGGGGUCCCCGGAAGAGGGGCGUCUGAGACUGUUCCCCGCAAAGUGUACUUUCGGAACGAUGCGGGGGAGAUCGUGGAGGCAGUCGUUGAUCCCCUUGCGGAGGCCGCGAAGGACCUCGAUCCAAAGCUUGUAGACUCCCUUAUUGAGGAAGCCCGUGCUGAUCCCAAGGCGUUUGCUGCUGCAGCUGAGCAGCAGAUUCUCCAUACCUGGAGACAGGCGGAAGAAUUCGAGAAUUUAGACGGGGGACCACCACCUUUUACUCGGGAAGGAGUCUCCUCCAAGACAGCGAUCUUAGAUGGUCCUAUGGGUCUUCCUAAGCAUGAACAGGAACCGCUGCUGGAGGGUCCUGGGGGAUCCCGUACAGAGGUUAAUCGUGAGGACGUCCCUUGGGCAGCCCCUAGAGUGCCGGGGGCCUCAAAGGAAGAAGUAAAAACAUGGCUGAAGGACCUGGAACUGCAACGUAUGGCCCGGUUUUUUCUAACGCCGGAGGAGAGUGCCGACUUUUUUGGCCGGCUGCAAGCGGCUGCUGAUAAGCUGUGGGGCCCCACAGCAGAAAACCCCUCGGAACCGAGAGUUUUGUCAAAGGCCCAUGGUACAGACAACCAGGCCACAGCGACCCAAAUUGAGAAGGGUCCCUGCCUGGCGGAUAAGGCGUCGCAACCACGUCCCUCGCUGCCUGCAGACCAAGUCUCGGCCCCCACACCGAUGUCUGCUGCAGUAACACCGACUAGCCAGAACUCAGUAUCUCAGGAACUGAUCCCGCCUGCACCCCUGCAUCAGGAAUUGGCGCCUUCUGAAGCAGAUCAGAGGUCAUCUGGAUCCUGCGUCCACUCCAACACAGGGCCAGCACCCCAAGGCAUGCAGUUCACUGUGACAGAGUCUCCUGUGUCCUACGGAGAGUGGCUACUUAGGCCUCGGAGUCAGGAAGAGCCUGUAGGGCAACGGCCAGAGGAGGUUAGUAGCCCCACAGCCUUUUCGCGCGUGGGCUGCGUUGACGCCAAACCCCCACUGCUGAAUGCAACGGACAGUAUGGAGCCCUAUAUACAGUACUUCCAGCAAGGGCAGCAGCAACAACAAAACGAUAUGGGACCUCUGGACACCAUACAGCCUGCUGCUGGCAAAGGCCGGCUGGAGCAGGAACGGCGCUUAGCUGCAGGGGACGUGGGACCCUCCCCUGGAGCCUCGGUGGAUUACACCGAAGAGGAUUUGAGGCACCUUUUGCCCCUUCCCGACACUGUCCCCCAAAGGUCCCUGGUAGAUGAGUUGGCGGACUCUGGGGGUAUUGAGCCCUUGCCUUUCAACCCUCAAGCUCAAGGGACCUGA